AUGAGCGCAGUGCAGGUGCGCGGGCAGGACGCGGUGCGCGGGCACCGCCACAAACGGUCUUUUGCGAUCUCUGGGGACUUUGAUUUUGGAGGGGUGGCGAGCGGCGGCGGCGGGCGCGGGCGGGUGGCGGCGGCGGGGCCACGGUUUUUCAUCUCGGAGGAGUCGCGGUUCAGCGCGGGCUGCGGCGGCGUGCCGGACGCGAUCAUCGACCUGGACGCGGCACUGAGCACGCGGGUGCCGGGGCACCGGCGGUCGGAGUCUGCGCCGGCGGAGGUGCCGGAGCGGGGGCGGCUGUCGGCGUCGCCACGGAUCGAGGAGGCGUGUCGUGAGGAGGAGGAGGAGCCGGAGGAGCGGCCGGGGCUGCUGGAAGUGCCGGGUGCGGCGCGCGCGCACGGCGCGCGGCGGGGGCCGCCGGGGCGGGACCGCUACGACACAGAUGGGCUAAAGAUGAGCAAACAAAAGCAGCGUUACUUCAGCUACACGCGACAGUACUCACUGUCGCAGACGGCCGUGUCUGCUUCACCUGUGUCGUCGGCAGGUUCGUCUGUGUCGCUGCAGAAUUUGUCGACAGCGAGCACGCCGAUCACGAGCGCAAUGCGAUCGUCGACUCCUGUCGAGGUUCCGGACUCGCAGCUGGAGCUUCUAUGA